GUAAAGAUGGGGAAAGAUCCAAGGAAGCCCAGAGGAAAGAUGUGCUCUUAUGCCUACUUUGUGCAAACCUGCCGUGAAGAACACAAAAAGAAGCACCCUGAAGCCACUGUAAACUUCUCUGAAUUCUCCAAGAAGUGUUCAGAGCUAUGGAAGACAAUGUCUGCCAAAGAGAAGGGUAAGUUUGAGGAUAUGGCCAAGCAAGAUAAGCUUCGCUAUGAGAGAGAAAUGAAGAACUACAUUCCACCGAAGGGUGAGAAGCAGAGGCGAUUUAAAGAUCCCAAUGCUCCCAAGAGACCACCGUCAACAUUCUUCAUUUUCUGUGGUGACUACCGCCCUAAGAUUAAGGGGGAGAACCCAGGUCUGUCCAUCGGAGACAUUGCCAAGAAGCUUGGAGAAAUGUGGAAUAGCUCAUCGGCUGAGGUGAAG